AUGGCAGUGGCGAAAGCUAUUGGCACUCACGACGGGACGUUUCAUUGCGACGAGGCGCUAGCCGUCUACCUCCUCCGCCAGCUGCCAACGUACGCAAAUGCCUCCCUGACCCGCACACGCGAGCCCGCCAAGCUCGACUCGUGUGAUAUCGUCGUUGACGUCGGGUCGGUCUACGACCCCUCGAAGCAGCGGUACGACCAUCACCAGCGGGGGUUUACGGAGGUGUUUGGGCAUGGAUAUGUUACGAAGCUGUCUAGCGCUGGGCUGGUCUAUAAGCACUUUGGGAAGGAGCUUGUCGCUUUGAGGAUCAAGAAGCCUGUGGAGGACCCGAUAGUGGAGCUCUUGUGGUUGAAGUUGUACAAGGAGUUCAUCGAGGCUGUUGAUGCGAACGACAACGGUAUCAACCAAUACCCAACUGAUAUCGAGGCCCGCUACAGGCUCAACACGUCCCUCUCCUCUCGUGUUAGCUAUCUGAACCCAGCAUGGAACGAGCCUGCCACUUCAGAUAUAUCCGAUGCUCAGUUCCUGAAAGCGUCCGAGCUGACUGGAAAGGAGUUUUAUGAACGGUUGGACUACUAUGCUAAGGCUUGGCUGCCGGCUAGGGAUAUUAUCGAGAGGGCUAUGGAGUCCCGAAAGGAUGUAGAUCCGAGUGGCCGGAUCUUAGUGUUUGAGACUUUCUGCCCUUGGAAGGAGCACCUGUUCGAAUUGGAGAACGAAAUGGGAAUCCCGGAAGCGGAAAACACGCUCUAUGUGCUCUAUCCUGAUACAUCGUCACACACCUGGCGCAUUCAAGCUGUUGGUGUAUCACCAAAUAGCUUUGCGAGCCGGAAAGCACUGCCGGAGCCGUGGAGAGGGGUACGCGAUGACGACCUGUCGACGUUGUCCGGUAUCCCAGGCUGCACAUUUGUUCAUGCGUCGGGCUUCAUAGGAGGCAACAAGACCAAGGAGGGAGCGAUGGAGAUGGCCAGGCAAGCACUCAAGUUCUGAUCAAUGCACUGUACAACGG